GGGGGGGGAACGCUCUUGCCUCGGCGGUGAUGACGAACAUCAGCAGCUUCAGCUGCUUCCAGAAGUUUCUCCGCCCGGUUCCCGGUGUCUCUCCCCGCAGAGCAGACGGGCUCCAGCGGGGCUAACCUUGACACAGUUGACAGGAACCGCUAACUGAGAGGAAGCUAUUGUCCUGACAGCUGCGGCGGUUGCACCGCGCCAGGGACACCGAGAGGCGGACAGGCGGGACAUGCAGGUCUGGAGCUGAACCAGCGAGCUCUGGUUGUGUGUUUAUGAAGCGGGGAAGGUCGCCGACCGGUCAUUGUGAUGGGCAAAGAUUACUACAAAGUGCUGGGCAUAUCCAGGGGCGCCUCGGAGGACGAGAUAAAGAAGGCGUACAGAAAGCAGGCCCUGCGCUUCCACCCGGACAAGAACAAGUCUGCUGGAGCCGAAGAUAAAUUCAAGGAGAUCGCUGAAGCCUACGACGUCCUGAGCGACGCCAAGAAGAAGGACAUUUAUGACCGCUUUGGAGAAGAAGGAUUAAAGGGCUCCGCUGACGGCGGAGGCGGGGGACAUGGCGGUCCAAGCUACAACUACACCUUCCAAGGAGACCCUCAUGCAAUUUUCACGGAGUUCUUCGGCGGCCGCAGCCCGUUCGAUCACUUCUUCUCCCAGAACGGGGAGGAUGACAUGGACAUCCACGACCCCUUCACGGCGUUCAGCAUGGGAGGGAUGGGCGGCAUGGGAGGCUUCCACCGACCUUUCAAAUCCCACCCGGGGGGGUCCCACAGAGCGCGAGAGAGGAAGAAGGACCCGCCGGUGGUGCACGAGCUGAAGGUGAGCCUGGAGGAGGUGUUCUCGGGCUGCCGGAAGAAGAUGAAGAUUUCCCGCAAGAGGCUGAAUCCCGAUGGCUGCACCAUCCGCAGCGAGGACAAGAUCCUGACGGUCGACAUCAAACGCGGCUGGAAGGAGGGCACGAAGAUCACCUUCCCCAGGGAGGGGGACGAGACGCCCAGCAACAUUCCUGCAGACGUUGUGUUUGUGGUCAAAGACAAACCCCACCCGGUGUUCAGGAGGGACGGCUCGGACAUCGUUUACCCCGCCAAAAUAUCACUUCGAGAGGCGCUGUGUGGCUGCACGGUCAACGCCCCCACGCUGGACGGGCGGACCAUCACGGUGAUCUCCGCCGACGUGGUCAAGCCCGGGAUGAAGAAGCGGAUCGUGGGGGAAGGCCUGCCCCUGUCCAAGUUCCCCGACAAGCGAGGCGACAUGAUCUUGGACUUCACUGUCAACUUCCCUGACAAGCUGGGCCAAGGCACACAGGACGCGCUCAAGCAGAUUCUCCCCCCGUGAAGCUUAGGCGACCCCAGACGUCGAGAAGUUAAUGUUUCCAGUAACGUGCUUGCGUGCGCCGCUUUUUGAGGCGCCGGUAGGUCAGAUGUGGUUUCAGCGGAGGUCAGGUCUUCCACCUUCACACAGGAAAAAUCAGGUCAUUCAAUUAACAAGUGUUCAGGAAAUCUGCAGCUUUCUGCCGGGCGCGACGGAGACGUCGGCAAACCCAACGGCACCACGUGCUCAUUUGUUGUACUAACUGAUGACUUUGGAUUGACAGCAGGCGUUUGUGGGGCGGGGCUUUAAGGUAACACAGCAGCCAGAUACUUAACAAAAACCUCAGGUGCCCUGAUGCAUGCUUGAAUGUAGCUAGAAGUACUUCAGUCAGCACGACGUGAUUUCAGUUAAGGCCUAAGCACCGUGUGGAACCUCAGAGGUGCCGCCGACUGUAGCAGACAUUUUCUUUUUCAGUGUUGUCAUGAUUUUUAGAGGUAAGACCUGACAAAGCAGCUGGGAAAGUCAAACUUACUGUUCUCCGGGCUGAAUCUAGCCAUGGUGCACUUCCAUCACUCUGCCAGUACGAUGUAAAAAAAAAAAAAAGUCUAAGUUUGUGUGAGUGAAGGACCGCUGAUGUGAAGUGACUCAGUCAGACAUACAUGUAUCUGCUCAGCUUGGAUACAUCAGGCAUCCCACGCCCUCUAGUGGUCGUCAUCCAUGCAGCAGGACGAAGGAACAGAAGCACAUAAAGCAGCGUCGUUCGUUCAGUUUUACCGGAAACCUAACCAAAUAACUGCGUGCGUCAAGGCAAGCCUCAGCCGCGUCGGGACAUUCUCCAGGAAGUCGUGGCAACAGGAUGAACUGUUCAAGGCAUCUAUGGAAAGCAGUGCCAAUAUAGUGAUUGUAGUUAGAGGCUGGAAUAUGAUAUGAAAAAGUAAAACUCUUAGUCCUGAAGAUGGGGAGAAAUUCACAGUUGGGAGAGUUUGAGUGCCAAACGACUGUCCGCCGCGUGUGUGUUUGUGGAGAAUUCGAUGAGAUUUCAUCUACAUCUUGUGAAGAUGCACGGAGAGAGAAAUGUCAGAUAUCUGAUGCAGGUGUCACAUUCUGUCACACCGGGUUCAGCCGCACAGAGCGGUGAGCUCCACAUUAUUCACCGCACGUGUCACUGUGAAUGUUUUUCUACACAUCUUCAUGUUUGAUGAUGGAGUUUUGGUUCAUUUUGCACAUUUUUCCAGGAAUUUCGUGUUGAUGUGACUGUCAGAGGAUGAACAAACAGCCUCGAUAACAUCUGCAAACGUGGUGUAACAUGAAUGUAGAGAUGUGUAAUCUCUGACUUUAUUUUUGAUUUCAGAAAGCUGCUUGCUUUGUAAAAAUGUUUCUUUUUUAUGGGAAAAUGAUGAAAGCAUAUUGUUGUUUUUACUUCUUUGUGUUCUCUGAUUCCUCAGGUUAGUGUUCAACUGGCUCUGGUUUUUAACAAUAAAGCUUUUAAGAUCUGACAACAGGAUGAACAUUUUUAAUAGGCUGUGGUGUUUUUGCAUUCCCACAUUAAAGAAACUGUCCCAUACCACA